GAUUUGGGCAGAGAGAAAGAGUGUGAGAGCAUCCCUAACUGCCGUUGUUGCUAUUUAUAGCCAAGCCCUACUCCACAGUCCUGAGAUGCUCUCCCACCUCCCACAUACAGACGUCAGCCUACGCACACACACACACACACACACACACACACACACUCACUCACUCUCUCACAUAUACAUAUUGACAAAAUAAUUUGACAUGCAGAAAUAUAGCAAGUACAGAAAGGUAGACUGGCUUUUGCACACAGCACAGCCUGCUCACCAGAACAAAAAGAUCUAUGAAUGAAUGAGAGGUAGAGCUCAGGGAUGUUUGUUUGGCAAUCAAGGUCAGUUUUUACUUCAUCAAAAGCCCUGCAAUAAUUCAUCCUGUUUAUCAGUGAGAGUGUUAGCGACAGAAAGAGGAACUGGGUGUAUGAUUGGGUGGGGGAAGAGUGGAGGGAGCAUUUGUCCUCACAAUAACUAGUUGUUUGUCUUGUCAGAUUGCAUGAAAGGGCUUUGGAGGGAAAGAGAGGGAGCAGCAGAGGAGGAGAAAAAUAAAUCCAUGCCUUCUUUUUUUUUUUUCUUUCUUUUUUUUCUCCUUUCACUUCCUUCCAGGCUGAGUCACUGCUGGUGAGGAGGAAGGUCUGGAGAGGGAACGAGAGAGGAGGAGGAGGAGGUGGAGGAGGAGGGGGAGAAGAAGAAGAAGGGAGGGAGACAGGGAGAUAAGCCACAACAGGAAGCAAAACGACACACACACACACACACACAGAACCACAGCGUGUGCUUGUGUGUGCGUCCGAGAGAGAGACUGCGCGAACGAGAGGGUAAACGGGAAAGGAAGGGAGGGAGAGUGACGCGGAGGCUGGGAGAGCCUGCCCCCCCCCCCCCCCCCUCCUCUCCCUCUCUUUCUCUCCUCUCCUCUCCUCCUCUCCUCCCCUCCUCCCUCUCUCUCUCUCUCUCUCUGUGGAGCAGGCGUGUAGCGGCAUCAGACUCGGCGUGAAGGAACCAUGAGCGAUGUCACCAUCGUUAGAGAGGGAUGGCUUCAGAAACGGGCGGUGGCCACCAUGCUCCAGGGAGCCACCACCAUCUACUGGACCGUGGUGGUACUGCAGGAGAGGAGACAAGACAAGGAGGAAAAAAAAUGUGAAUACAUAAAGAACUGGCGACCACGUUACUUCCUGUUGAAGACGGACGGCUCUUUCAUCGGCUACAAAGAGAAACCUCAGGAUGCAGACCUGCCCUACCCCCUAAAUAACUUCUCUGUAGCAAAAUGUCAGCUGAUGAAGACGGAGAGGCCGAAGCCAAACACCUUCAUCAUUCGUUGCCUCCAGUGGACCACAGUCAUCGAGAGGACCUUCCACGUGGACUCGCCUGAUGAGAGAGAUGAGUGGACAGAGGCCAUCCAGAUGGUGGCUGACAAGCUGCAGAGACAAGAGGAAGAAAGGAUCCAGUGCAGCCCCACCUCCAAUAUCGACAACAUGGUCGAGGAGGAGAUGGACAUCUCAACCACCCACCACAAACGCAAGACAAUGAGUGACUUCGACUACCUGAAGCUGCUGGGAAAGGGAACCUUUGGCAAAGUGAUUCUUGUCCGAGAAAAAGCCAGCGGGAAAUAUUAUGCCAUGAAAAUCCUCAAAAAAGAAGUCAUCAUAGCCAAGGAUGAAGUGGCUCACACGCUCACAGAGAGCAGAGUACUGAAAAACACCAGACAUCCCUUUCUCACUUCAUUGAAGUAUUCAUUCCAGACUAAAGACCGCCUCUGUUUCGUCAUGGAAUAUGUGAAUGGAGGAGAGCUGUUUUUCCAUUUGUCCAGAGAGCGGGUGUUCUCAGAGGAGCGCACGCGCUUCUAUGGCGCCGAGAUCGUCUCAGCUCUCGACUACCUGCAUUCAGCCAAGAUUGUGUACCGGGACCUCAAGUUGGAAAACCUGAUGCUGGAUAAAGAUGGCCAUAUCAAGAUCACUGACUUUGGCCUCUGCAAGGAGGGGAUCACAGAUGCUGCUACCAUGAAGACCUUCUGUGGCACUCCAGAGUACCUUGCACCUGAGGUCCUCGAGGACAAUGACUAUGGUCGGGCGGUGGACUGGUGGGGUUUGGGUGUGGUGACGUACGAGAUGAUGUGCGGCCGACUGCCAUUCUACAACCAAGACCACGAGAAGCUGUUUGAGCUCAUCCUCAUGGAGGACAUCAAGUUCCCUCGCACUCUGUCGGCCGACGCCAAGUCCCUGCUGUCUGGCCUGCUCAUCAAAGACCCCAACAAACGGCUUGGUGGAGGACCAGAUGAUGCUAAAGAAAUAAUGAGACACAGUUUCUUCUCUGGUGUUGACUGGCAGGAUGUCUAUGAUAAAAAGCUGGUCCCUCCCUUCAAGCCUCAGGUGACGUCGGAGACAGACACCAGAUAUUUUGACGAGGAGUUCACAGCCCAGACCAUCACAAUUACUCCACCAGAGAAAUUUGACGAGGACGGGAUGGAUUGUCUGGAUAACGAGAGAAGACCACACUUCCCACAGUUCUCCUACUCGGCCAGUGGGCGGGAAUGAACGGUCCAUCACGGUGACACCAUCGCAGCUGGUCUCUGAGGUCAUCAGUGUGGGACAAAAAGACCCACAGCUUUGGACCGACCCAGAACAAAACAGUGACUUGAAGGAUUUUGCCCUUCUCCUCUUCCUGCUCCUCCUCUCUUUUUCACCUCUCCAGUCCAGUACUCUAUUAAUUUAUUUAUUUAUUUAUUUAUUUUUGUGAAUCCCUUUUUAGAAAGAACUUCCAGGCAAAAUUACCCUCUAAUCCUGCACUGCAUCCCCAGGUGAUCCGAGCCGUGAUGUGAUCAGUUACUACGUAAUGUCCCUUUAAUGACAGGAGCAUCACCGGUGGCCUGCUGUGCUUUGACGUGUGUCAGUCCCACCAAACUCUUUAAAAAAACAAAA